CAGAGUGAAUGCAGUGUAGAUCAGUUCUAGUUUACGCACACAUUACUGCCACUGUUAGAAAGCAAUUACUCAAAUUAUAAUUAUUAUUUUUUAUUAAUAUUGCUCUAAUAGUGAAACCAGCAGACGUUAGUGAACAUUCAAAAGACAAUGAGUGUUUUAAGGAAGCUCUUCAUCAAAAGCUGGUCAUCAGAUAUUCGGUUAGAUGGACAAACUGCUAUAGUGACUGGAGCAAACUCAGGGAUCGGCAAAGAAACAGCCAGAGAUCUGGCGAAGAGGGGAGCACGCGUGAUCCUGGCCUGCAGAGACAUGGUCAAAGCUGAGCAGGCGGCCAGUGAAAUCAUUCGAGAAGUAGGCGUGUCCUCAGUGGUACCGCGGAAACUGGACCUAGCUGACACCAGAUCUAUCUGUGAAUUUGCAGAGCUCAUUUAUAACACUGAAAAGUCUCUGCAUUUACUGAUUAACAACGCUGGAGUGGCCUUCUCUCAGUAUGCUACUACAGAGGAUGGCUAUGAAAUGCAGUUUGGAGUCAAUCAUUUAGGCCACUUCUUCCUCACCUUCCUGCUGAUGGACUUGCUGAAACACUCAGCUCCUUCCAGGGUCAUUACCGUGGCCAGUCUAGCUCACUUCAUGGGAAAGAUUGAAUUUGAGGAUCUCAACAGUGAGAAGAACUACCAUCCAGUGAAGGCUUACGUACAGAGCAAGCUGGCUAAUGUUCUCUUCACCAGAGAACUAGCCAAAAGGGUGGAGGACUUGGGAGUGACCGUGUGUGCAGUUGACCCUGGAAUGGUGAAUACUGCAAUAAUCCGACACAUGAAGAAGUCCUUCCAGUUCCUUGUAAAGUCUUUCGCAUUUAUGAUUCAAACUCCAGCAGAGGGAGCUUACACCAGCCUCUACUGUGCCCUCACCCCUGACCUGCCCACCGGGUGCUACUACAGUAACUGUGCCCAGGUGCCAUGUUCCAGGGCUGCCAGUGAUGAUGCCACUGCUGCCAGACUCUGGGCUGCCAGUUGCCAUCUGCUGGGCAUUCGCUGGAGGUGAAGAGCACCAUGAAUGUCUGAUGAUGCUGCACGUUACACACAACAGGAUCUGACCAUUCCUUAAGAGAAUGUGAAGUCCAGUUUACUCUGAAACUUACAAAGAGUAUCAAUAAAGCUUCGACACAGCGUCUUAAAGAGUGAAGGUAAAGAAUUGUGGAAAAAGUA